UCAGACAGAUGCCUUUGGACCUUACAAACUCCUUGAGGUGCUAACAGACUCUCUCUUUAUUCCAGCACAGGAUGAUGAGAGGAAGGAGGAGGCUGAGGAACUUCAUCAGCAAAUGCCAGACAGAGUUAAAAAGGGAGACUUGAAAGAAAAUGUCAGGAAUCCAGACAGACCUAAGAGAAAGAAAGGCAGCCUUACGGUUGAGAAGCGAGAUGGAAGAAAGCAUGGUGUAUAUUUUCCAAAGCACAGGAUAAUGAAGACAGGUAAAUCCAUUCUGUGUGGAACGUACUUCAGAAAUAAAUCACAGCUCCUUGUGCACCAAAGAGUAGGCAGAGGUGAGAAAACUUUUGAAUGUUCUGUGUGUGGAAAGAGAUUCAGUCAGAGUGCCAAUCUUCAACUGCAUCAGAGAACCCACACAGGAGAGAAACCUUUUGAAUGCUCAGAGUGUGGAAAGAGAUUCAGUAGGCAUGACCAUCUUCAGCAUCAUCAAAGAACCCACACAGGGGAGAAACCUUUUGAAUGCUCAGAGUGUGGAAAAAGAUUCAGUCAGAGUGCCAAUCUUCAGUAUCAUCAAAGAACCCACACAGGGGAGAAACCUUUUGAAUGCUCAGAGUGUGGAAAGAGAUUCAGUCACAGUGGCACUCUUAAAAAGUAUCAAAGAACCCACACAGGGGAGAAACCUUUUGAAUGCUCAGGCUGUGGAAAGAGAUGCAGUGGUAGUUCUGCUUUUCGACAGCAUCAGAAAACCCACACAUGGGAGAAACCGUUUGAAUGCUCGGAGUGUGGAAAGAGAUUUAGACAGAGUGGCACUUUUCAACAGCAUCAAAGUACCCACACAGGGGAGAAACCUUUUGAAUGCUCAGACUGUGGAAAGAGAUUCAGUCACAGUGGCAGUCUUCAGAAGCAUCAAAGAACCCACACAGAGGAGAAACCUUUCGAAUGCUCAGAGUGUGGAAAGAAAUUCAGCCAGAGUGCCAAUCUUCAAGUGCACCAAAGAACCCACACAGGGGAGAAACCUUUUGAAUGCUCAGAGUGUGGAAAGAGAUUCAGUCACAGUGCCAAUCUUCAACAGCAUCAAAGAACCCACACAGGGGAGAAACCUUUUGAAUGCUCAGAGUGUGGAAAGAGAUUCAGUCAGAGUUCCAAUCUUCAACAGCAUCAAAGAACCCACACAGGGGAGAAACCUUUUGAAUGCUCAGAGUGUGGAAAGAGAUUUAGAAAGAGUGCCAAUCUUCAACUGCAUCAGAGAACCCACACAGGAGAGAAACCUUUUGAAUGCUCAGACUGUGGAAAGAGAUUCAGUCACAGUGGCACUCUUCAACUGCAUCAUAGAACCCACACAGAGGAGAAACGUAUCGAAUGCUCAGAGUGUGGAAAGAGAUUUAGGAGGAGUGCCAAUCUUCAACUGCAUCAGAGAACCCACACAGGAGAGAAACCUUUUGAAUGCUCAGAGUGUGGAAAGAGAUUCAGUAAGAGUGCCAAUCUUCAGUAUCAUCAAAGAACCCAUACAGGGGAGAAACCUUUUGAAUGCUCAGUGUGU